CAGCGGCGGCAAAGGUUUCCCAAACGAACUUGCGUCCAUUUUGCUACAUCUCGUUUCUUUUCGUUGUUGUUUUUAUCAGAUUUUGUAUAGUAUUUUUGAUCGCUGCGGGUUUAUAUGCUACAUAAUUGUAUAGAGCCCGCCGGUCAUGUGUCCAGUGUCGUCCUGCAAUGCGAUCCUCGGCGCCUAUUGACAGCCAAUCACCGCAUCAUCUUUGAUUGCAUCGACAACUGCUGGCCUGUACACAGCUGGACGACCAAUUGAAGUCUGAUCAAGAUGGUUCACCAGCAAUCGUACGAUCACCGCCAUUCGUCCUAUCACCCGCCGUCGGCGUUCAGUGUCGAUCCGAUGGGCCAGCCGGUCAAGAACAAAAAUUACCAGCAGCAGCAGCAGCAGCAGCAGGCCAACCAGCAAACCAGCGGGGCUAGUGCUGGCGCUGGCCUGCGGCCGAUGGGUAAAAACCGGAACAACAACAACAACAACAAUUCGUCGACGUCUUCGUCGCCCACUUCGUCCAGCGCCGUCAAUGAUAACGACACCUUUGCGCGCUUCUGGCCGCAGCCGGCCAAUAACGGCGGCAGUCGGCCGUGCAGCAGCGGGCCGGGAUGCGGGGCAACGCUUCCGCAUCCCUCCGGGCCCAUCAGUGGCGGCGGCACAUCCAGCAAUGGCAACAACUCUUAUUCCGCCGUCGAGAAUGACGUCCGGUGGUCCAAAUUACUCCGACACGACGGUACACCCACCAAGGUUUUACUCUACCCGGAAGAAGGAUGGGCCAGAACGGCCACCAACGCCUAUUGGCUCCUGUCGAUCCCUUGGUGGAACCGCAAUCGCUGCAAAGUCGUCGAAGUCGCCGGAACGCGGAGGAGUACGACGCAGGCCAAGUUGAUCGACGCCGGCGACCGGCGAACGGUUUACGUGGUCGGCUCGUUCAAGAGCUCGUCGUCGUCGUCGCCGGACCUCUCGUCAUCCGAGCCGCAAUUCAAAUUGGCCCUGACGUCGCACAUCACGACGGCCGACGUCAAUCUCGGCUACCUGAUGACCGGCACGCUGGAGCGGGGCCGUCACGGCGACUCGCUCCAGCCCACCCAUUUCGCCGUCCUCCGUAAAUUCGAUUGGAAUAGCCAACAGCAGCAGCAGCAACAACAGCAACAGCACUGAUGAAAUAUUAUACGACGAUUCAAAUACUACUCGCUCUGUCCAAUUAGAAAAAAAUGAAUGCUGCAAAUUGCGUGUUGUAUUACACGGCCGUCCGAUCUGCUCCAAGGAAGAUCAACUCUCAUUUGUUUUGUUUUUUUGUUUUCUGAGAAAUAAAAACACUUUGAUUCGAUGUGACAGUCUCCACACUGCCGAUUUUCUUUCGAUUACGUAAUCCGCUCGAGUCGCCAUGUCUAAUCUCAAUCCGCAGUGUGUGUGUGUGUGUGUGUGUGUAACUACACACACGUCUUCUUACGUCUAGACGUGCGCGCUAGACAUCGUUAGGAAUGCUCCGCCGCCGAAACUUGCCACUUGAUUGUGUGUACGAGGUACAACGGUGAGCUGGCCUAGCUGACGACGUUAUUUAGACUCUACAGACACACAUUUUUCUAUCUAUCUAGCUGCUGCUGCCACUGCUGCUCUCCUUGCUGCCUCCUGAUGCACUAUUGUUUCUUGUUAUACUUAUAUCGUAUAUUAUUAUUCUUUCUCUCUUUCUCUCUCUCUCUCACUGCGUGCUGUGACUGCUGUCUCUGUCUCUGGCCUCUGCUCUCAUUCGAUACUCACCCAAUGUCUCCUCCUUAUUUCGGUCUCUCCGUCCCGGGCGCAAGAAAAGGAAGAAAGGGAGUCGCUCUUGUCUUCAUAAUUCAAUCAAGAAAUCCCAGAAUUGAAUCAAAAGAAAAGAAAAAGAAAAAUUUAGAAAACAAGAGAGAGAGAAAAGAUAACCAAAAAAUUCCUUCAUUCCGAGUCUUGUACGUUACACAACAACUGCUGUUUUUUUUUGUGUGUGUUAUAUUCUGAUGAAAUUGACUUGGACGAAUGCGAGCACGGAGUAGUUGUGUAUAGACUGCUACUGCUCCUCUCUCUACUACACAAUAGAUAUAAACAUAAUAUAUACACGCAGUACACAUAUAUAAACACCGUUCCUCGGAUUCUCCAACCCUCCCCCUCUCUGCCAUCUCGUGUUCUCUCUUAUCUUCUUCUUCUUGGGUUAUUCCCUUAUAUUCCUUAUAUACUCCUCCUCCCCCUCACUAUAUUCUAUAUAUAAUAUAAAUAUAUACUCGGCAUCUCUUUGUAUAAUACUCGUGCCAAUACAAUCGGGUCGAAUUUGAGA